GGGACGGAGGGAGUAAUAUUAUUAUUUUCAAUAUUUUUAUUAUUAUAAAAAAAUAAUGCUUUACAAAUUUUUUGUGAAUCAAGAUUAAAUAGUGGAAAAUGGCUUUUUAUCAUAUAAAUCAAGUUUAAAAUUAGUUUUAAUCGUGUUCGGGUUUGAAGGUAGCAGGUCGGGUUCAUGUUCGGAUUGACAGUUUCCUUAACAUGUCGGGUUCGACUUAGGCCUUAUUGGGUUGAGUCAUUAUCAGGUUGACAUGAUACGACCCAAUCCGCAUGAUUUGUCAUCCCUAGACGGAGGGAGUAUUUGACAAUUCUAAUAUUUCUCCUUUUUUUUCUUCAAACUUCUCUAUUUAAAUCAUUGUCUAUUCAAAAAUUUGUCUCGUUUAUAAAUUCUCUACUUAAAAUUAAACGAUGAAAAUAAUAAAUAAAUCAAAAUAAAUCAAAAUUCUCUCAACUUUAUUAAAAAUAAAAUUUGAGGCCGAAUCUCGAAAUACCAAGUAGAAUCGAAUUUCUCCGCCCACAACUUUAUUGGUCUCACUCGUUGACAGCUACUAAUACUUGAUAUUUCCUGCCUAUAUAAUCUCCAUCUACCAUGAAAUUCCCUGUAAUUAAUUGUUAGGUUCUCCUUCGCCUCAAUAAAUCAUCAAUUCACCCGAAAAUAAAGAAAGAAACCCCAUACUGUAUACAUCCAUGUUUGUUGUGAAUCUGUUGUUGAUAUUGUUCUCGAUUAUCUGCUCGAUUUUUCUGGUGCGAUGGUUUCUGCACCGGAUCGCUCUCAUUUACGCCGUGAGGAAAUGUGUUGAAUGGGCCGCAGACCGAUUUCACGUGCACCAGCACUUCAAAGUCCCCGAGUUGAACGAUUCCACCCAGCAGCAGAACCUCUUCUACCGCCGAGUUUCGCUCUACCUCAGUUCUCUGCCUUCAUUAGAGGACUCCGAUUUCACCAACCUCUUCACCGGGAAGAAGCCAAACGACAUCGUUUUGUCGGUUGACGAAAAUCAGGCGAUCCAAGACGUUUUCCUCGGCGCUCGAGUUUCGUGGCUCAAUCAAGUGGAUAGAGAUCGCGGCAAUCAGAUUGUUCGCCGGAGUUUUGUGCUGAGGAUUAAGAAGAAGGAUAAGCGGAGAAUUCUGAAACCCUACCUUCAACACAUCCACGCAGUCUCCGACGACAUCGAGCAGAGGGGGGCGGAAUUGAAGAUUCACAACCACUGCGACGGCAGGUGGAAGUCGGUUCCGUUCAACCACCCCGCCAAUUACGACGCGCUCGUGCUCGAUCCGGAUCUGAAAGCCAAAAUUCGCCACGAUUUGGAAACGUUUCUGAAAUCGAAACAGUACUACCACAAGCUAGGCCGCGUUUGGAAGCGCAGUUAUCUCCUCUACGGCCCUUCCGGCACUGGGAAAUCCAGUUUCAUCGCCGCCACGGCGAAUCUCCUCAACUACGACGUUUACUACGUCAAUCUCUCGCAAGUGGCCGACGAGGCGGAUCUGAAUUCGCUUCUGUUGCAAACCACGAGCAAGUCUCUGAUCGUCGUCGAGGAUUUAGAUCGUUACGUCUCAGAGAGGUCAAACGCGCGGAUUACGUCAUCCGGUUUGCUGAAUUUUAUGGAUGGGCUAAUGAAUUCGCAGGACGAGAGGAUUUUCAUUUUCACGAUGAACAACAAAGACGGAAUUGGAAUCGAUCCUGCUCUGCUGCGGCCGGGGAGAAUCGAUAUGCACAUUCACUUCCCCAUGUGUGAUUUCGUCUCUUUCAAAAAUUUGGCAAACAACUAUCUAGGAGUGAAGGACCAUAAAUUGUUUCCUCAAGUGGAGGAGAUUUUCCAGAGCGGAGCUAGGAUGAGUGCGGCGGAGAUCAGUGAAUUGAUGUUGGUGAACCGGUCUUCGCCAAGCCGCGCAUUGAAAUCAGUCAUCUCCGCCUUACAAUCGAACAGCAAGAGCGGGGGAAAAGUUGCGACGCGGCUGAGCGAUAGUUCGGCAUCGUCUCCAGCGCCGCCGUCUGUUACGGAGGAAGGCGGUGGCGCCGCCUGGAAGGAAACAAUGCCUAAGGAAUUCCGAAAAUUGUAUGGACUGUUAAGGCUGAAGAGCAGCAAGAGACCUGGAUCGUUCGAUCAAGAUGAAUGUGAACGGUGACAGAUGUCAAACUAUACGAGCAUUUUAACGAAUAGAAUUUUCUCCGUAUUUAUAUCCUAUAUACAUUGAGUGAUAAUGUUUAUAAUUUGUGUAUAGAUUGGAUUUUGAUUUAUUUCAUGUUUUUUUUACCA